AUGGGCUCAGCAAGUCAAGCGAUCAGCGAGGAAACCGACGUCGUCAUAAUUGGUGCUGGACUUGCUGGUCUUACAGCAGCCCGCGAUGUCAUCAAAGCAGGUCUUUCCUGCAUUGUCUUAGAAGCCAGAGAUCGCGUCGGCGGUAAAACCUGGAGCCAACAGCUUCCUGAUGGGAAAGGAACUGUUGAUUUGGGAGCUGCUUGGAUCAACGACGUCAAUCAAACUCGGGUGUAUGCUUUAGCUAAGCAAUACAAUGCAGAGUUGAUUGAGCAAAAUACUACUGGAAAUUGUGCUAUUCAAGAUGCCAGUGGUGUUAUUUCGAGUUUUCCGUAUGGAGAAUUGCCGUCUUUUGAUGCUGCUGCAAAGGAAGAUGUUGCACGAAUCCGCGAUAUGUGCGAGGCAGAUUGUCAGAAAUUGGACACGUUCAACCCUGACGACAAAGCCCUUGACUCGAUGAGCUUCGAAGCAUACCUACAAUCACGCGGGGCCAGCGAAACAAGCAUGUCUACAGCAACUGUGUGGACACGAGCAAUGCUCGGACAGGAACCCAAGGAUCUAUCCGCACUGUACUUUCUCAACUACUGCAGAUCUGGGGGUGGUCUUUUGCAAAUGAGGUCUGAUAGAAAAGGUGGUGGCCAGCAUCUUCGUGUCCGACAAGGGAUGCAGCUAUUCUCGAAGGGACUCGCUAGUGAUUUGCCAGAUGGCGUGAUACGUCUGUCUAGUCCAGUAACAGCUAUCAACAACAAUACUGGCAAUGGCGCUGUCGAAGUACAUACCAAAGGCCACACCAUUCGUGCUCGCAAGGUCAUCACAACUGUUCCGACGCCAGUUCUCAAGAACGUUUCAUUCUCACCAGACUUACCCCCAAGCAAGCGAACAUGGAUUGAGUCGACAACGUAUGGCUACUACACAAAAGCCAUGAUGGUCUUUCGCACGCCCUUCUGGGUCGAUAGAGGCUUUUGUGGCCUCACACAAUCUUUCAUCGGUCCUGCAGGCGUGAUACGCGACACCAGUUCUCCGGCAGACAACAAGCACAUCUUAACCUGUUUCCUAGGCGGUAAGCCUGGUUUCGCAUGGGCAGCACUAUCAGAUGCAGACCGCGAGCAAAGUCUCUUGAAGCAAAUUGGACAGCUCUUCAACGCGAAAGAUAUUGCUGAGAAGGAGUUUGUUCAAAUGGUUACUUAUGAAUGGAUCAAGGAUGAGUAUUCUGGCUGGGGAUGUCCUUGUACUGGGUUACCUCCUGGUGUGCUAUCUUCGCUCGGUGGUGGCAGUUUGAGAGAACCAUGGGCGGACUUGCAUUUUGCUGGUACGGAAACUGCUGGAGAGUGGAAGGGAUAUAUGGAAGGUGCUGUACGAAGUGGUGAGCGCGCGGCAGCAGAGAUCAUCAAGAGUCUUCGGGCUUGA